AGCGGAGAUUAAUUAGGGUUUGUAUUUGAAUUGGGGAAUUGAUACCCACUUACUCCAUUCCCUUUAAAUUCCCUCCAUCAGCAGUAAGCCUCGGGCAGAUUUGCGCCGCGCUUAAUUCCUUGGUUCUUCAAUUUAUAUUUCAAUCUCUGUCUGAAAAGAAGAGAGGAGAUACAAUGGUGUUCUGGGAAGAAAAAGAAGAAUAUGAUCAUCAUCACCAUCUUCUUCAUGGUUCCAAUCCCCCCAAGAAAAGGUCUUUGCCGGCCAAGAACCGGCCCGGAUGUGACGACAGUAAUAACGGGUUCUUGAGACCCGCCUUUCCUCUCCAUCAGCCGCGGCAAACGAUGACUCGCUUCGACUGGCUUUUGCUCGCUGCUGAAACUGCCCAGCAAGAACUCGAGAAUGAGAAGAAGAGGAAGAGAGAGGCUUCUUCUGCAAUUCAUCCGCGUCCAUUGAACAAAGUCAACACCAACAAGAGGAGGAAGAUGACUAAUAACAGUGCUUCUUGUUCGGCGGCGGUGGUCGAGCUGCCCCCAGAGUUCAAGCACAAAGUGACGAAGAUGGGAGGGAAGGCGGAGGAGGCGGUUCUCGUCAUCCAAAAGAAGCUCUUCCAGACUGAUACCGAGCCAAACAACAACAGAUUCUCCAUCCCAGCAAAUCAGGUGGCCAACGACUUCUUGACACCUCAAGAGAAGCACACUCUCCACUCUGGAACAAAGAUUUAUGGUGUUCCGUUGAUCGAACCUGACGGCACCUCUGUCUGCCUUCUCAACAUGUCGAAGUGGGAUAUGUCCGCCAACCACAUCUACAAUUUGAUCAAAAAUUGGAACUUAGUCCGGGAGAGGAAUCGAUUGGUCACAGGCGACCUCGUCCAGCUUUGGGCCUUUAGGGCUCAAUCCUCCCAAGAGCUCUGCCUUGCCAUGGUUCAUCUUCCAACUCAAUCACUGAUUUGAUGAUUGGAGUCAGUCAAUGUUUAGGAAUUUUGUAGAUUCCAGUAAUUCCACUACUACUGAAAGCUAGCUAGCAGUAUAAAUUGAGUUCGAGUAG